AAAACCGUUUCCCAAAUUUGCUUUUGUUAAGUCUCUGUGCCCACCACAUUAUUAUCUCAUUAUAUUGCACAAUUUCUAUAAAUCCUGAAAGAAGUUGAUUACGAACAAGCAUACACUGAUAGUAAUUGACAUAUUAACAUAAUAAAUAAUAACAUUUAUCAUUACCUUAAUAGCAAUAGCAAGACCACUUAAGACUUAUGUACCGCUUCAUAGUGAUUUACAGCACAAUGUUAUUACUAGUUAGGAGAACGUGUAUUACAUGUAUUAUACUGAAUAGUUACAGAGAUUUCAGAAAAAUGGAUGCUAAAAUACUCUCUGAUAUUGCAUAUAGCUGGGUGGGUGGCGAAAAUUGUGGUUACUUAUUGUUGAAAAUUCCCGACGGCUACUGUUCCAGUUCAAUAUUGUAUUGAUAUGAUAUACACAUUUAUCACAAAUAAAUAAAUUCAAGGUAUUCAAGCACACUCCAAUCACAAUAUAACAAUGAAUCAAGCCAGUUAGGCAAGCUCCAAAAUAUGCAAACAAACAUAAGUUUUAUACUGAUGAUACCAUGUUGGCCCAAUUGAACAACCAUAGGUUGCUGGUUUAAUUUGGUUUCCAGCAGAUCGACCAUGUUAGUCUGCUGAAGUAUAAAAAAACCUUAGUGAAUCUGAAAAAAAGAGCUAUACAAUAAAGUGGACUACAAUUCAAUAUACCAGAUACAAAAUACAUGGUAUGGAGUUGACCAGAUACAGAAUAUAUCAAAGUUUUCUGUAAUCCAUGCAAAAUCUGCCAUAAUAAAGUCUUGCUAUAAUGAAAUGUCGUCUGAAUAAUCAUCAGGUUUUUUUUCCAGCAGUGAUUUAAAGGUACUGUAUCUGUAUAAAGAUAGAUUUGGCACCUCAAGUAUAAAUCUGAAUCGUGCACCUUUAUGGCUUUGCUCUGCUAAUAAUACUGAACGAGAAGCUUUUGACAGUGAAGUCUUACUUCAGUGGAUUUUUUUUUCUUCUUUCAUUCCUGAGGAGGGAUGUUACUUCUAAGUAGGAAACUAUCUGUCUGCCCGGCAGCGCCUCCAAAAGAGGCAUUUUGGGCGUUAUGAACUUCUCCCUUCGGGAUUCUUGGCCUCUGCGGGAUCAAUCCAGCUUGUAGUCAUUUUCUGCAAUUGAGCCCCACGGCAAUUGUUUACCAGCUUCCCUUGAAAGUCUUCACACAAAGCCCUGCUUUUCCGUGGGGCACCACAUGCAGGCGACCAAGAAGCCCACUUCGAGAUCCAAGGGACUUGGGAGUUUAUGACCCAAGAAACCUCUCACGUCAGUUAAUGGACAUUUGUAUGAGCGUGUACGAGCGCCUGCUUCUUCUCAAACACGAGUUCCUCUUUUCUACCUGCGUCCCUGGCACCAAACUACUUACAGGUCUAGAAAAGACCGAUUUAUAGGUCAUUGUCACAUGACAAAGGUUUGGAGACAGUUUAAUUUUCCCGUCCUUGUAAUUUUCAUUUACCAUCCCAGGAGCUCAGGAUGGCAUGCAGUGAUCCCUCAUCUCAUUUCAUACAACAAUGAUCCUGUGAGUCCCUUUAGCACAUGGAAUCCUUCACAGAUACUACUGUCCAUUGCUGUUCUGGAUGAGUGGAAGGUCACAGUAAUGAAAGGCAGCAAUAGGAAUAAAGAUCACUCAACAGACGGAGAAGGAACUGGAAAACGACCAAAGAGGAAGUGUCUUCAGUGGCAUCCACUACUUGCAAAGAAAAUUCUUGACUUUUCUGAGGAGGAGGAGGAGGAAGAAGACGAGGAAGAUAUUGAAAAGGUCCAGAUUCUGAGUGCUGAUGGUCUUGACCAUGAUGCUGAUGAAACAGAAGAUGAGGAAUCUUCAGAACAGCGAGCUCGCAGACCAAUGAAUGCAUUCCUUUUGUUCUGCAAACGUCAUCGUUCCCUUGUCCGGCAAGAACAUCCUCGUCUGGAUAAUCGUGGUGCUACUAAAAUAUUGGCAGAUUGGUGGUCUCUUCUUGAACCUAAAGAAAAACAAAAAUACACGGACAUGGCCAAGGAGUAUAAAGAUGCAUUUAUGAAAGCAAAUCCUGGCUACAAAUGGUGUCCACCUACAAACAAACCUGUGAAAACUCAGUCACCCACACUAACAAAUCGGAAAAAGCUUUGGGCUUUCCCAUCAGAAGCGACAAAAGAUUUACCUACUCCCAAAAAGUUGAUGAAGACAGAAGAAACCCCUCAGCUGAAUUUUGCAAUGGCAGAUCCCACACAAAUGGGAGGCCUCAGCAUGCUACUGUUAGCAGGAGAACAUGCCUUGACUGCACAAGAAGUUUCUUCAAAUACAUGUCUUUCUGAUUCCCCUAAUUCUACUGAAGGAUGUCUAAACUCAACAAUGUUACAAUUUGCUGAGAUUUCUUCAAAUCUGUCAAAGGGAACUGUUCCUGCAAAUCCAAAAGAAAUUGGUGAAUCAACUCUACUUCAUUUCUCAGAGCUGAAGGGUCCUGAGCCAAUCAAGCACUAUAGAAAAUCAGCACUCUUCCAGUUGGCUGAGAUCUCAUCAAGUACAUCCCAUUCAGGUCCUUCUGAAUUAACGAAACAAUGUGGGACAUCAGCAUUGUUUCAGUUGGCAGAGAUGUGCCUUGCCUCUGAGGAAGUAAAAGUGAGAGAAUCUGGGAAGGCAAAACCUGAAACAGCCAGGAUUGUCAAAACACUGAAAGCAUCUGAACAGAUGAAAGUUGAAGAUCCAGAGAGAGCAAAAAUAAAAACAGAAAAAUCUCAGAAAAUGAAGGAACAAGAACAUAAAAAAACAAAGACUGGAGUUUUUGAGGAGGUGACAAGGUGUGUGCAUAUUUCAGAUCCAGCUUUGAACAGCAUUGCAUUAGUUGGACAUGACAAUGCAACAUCAAAAGAUCCUGCAUGCUGUUCCCAUGAGCUGACAUCAAUAGCUGACAUCAGCAUUUUAGGAUUAAACAAACCAGAAAAGCUGAAGAAGAAAAAGAAGAAAAAUAAAGUGGACCGACAAGGACUUGAGAAAUGUACUCCUAAAAAGACUUGCAAAAAGAGGCAGUCUUCCGAAUCAGACAUUGAGAGUGUCAUUUAUACUAUUGAAGCAGUUGCAAAAGGGGACUGGGGGACAGAGAGACUUACAGAAAUGUCCCAUAAGAAAAUUCGCCUUUCUUCUGCAGUAAAGGGGAAUAUUUUGGACACAAAGUCGCCAAAGAAGAAAGUAAAAUCAAAAGAAAAAAGAUCACUGAAAGAAAAAUGUUUAGAGACCACCAAAGAAUCAAAGCCUCCUGAUUUUUUUAGCAUUAAAGAUAACAAGGAUGCACCAUUUGAAGUAUCUGAAAACACAACAUCAGAUGUUCUAACCCCAACAGAGGAUAUAAUAUCACAGAGUUUACCAGAUCAAGUAAAAAUUGAAGACAAUGACUGUAGUAAAAAGGCAGAAAUUUGCGGCUCGAGAAAAUCUGAAAGAGCUUGCAAAGGUGCUCUGUACAAAACUCUGGUGUCAGAAGGCAUGCUUACAUCUCUGCGUUCCAAUGUUGACAGAGGAAAACGAAGCUCAGGAAAAGGUGGCAACUCUGAUCAGGAAGGAUGCUGGAAUGAAGAAACGUGGGCAUUUUCCUUAAGUGGGACAAGUGGGAACAAAAAGUUAAAAAGAAGCAAGCCAAAGGAAGACAUUGUUUUGGGCUUAGCAAAGCUGGAAGAAGAAUUUGAAAAAAAGUUCAACAGCCUUCCUCAAUACAGUCCAAUCACAUUUGAUCGUAAAAAUGCCUCUCUACCAAGAAAAAAGAAAAAAGUUGGCAGUUGCGCUGUAGACCAAACAAAAUCUAACAAAGAGUCUGUGGUAAUACAAGAACCACUGGUUGGAAGUCAGAAGAGAAAAGCAAGGAAAACCAAGAUCACACAUCUUGUUCGAACAGCAGAUGGUCGAGUUUCACCAGCAGAACAAGAUCUGGAAGAAAAACCAAAAGGGCAUCUGCAGAAUACUCUUCAGAGAACAUUAAAUACAGGGAUGGAGUGCAGAAAGGAAUCCUUGCUAAACAACAAUCUGGCAGAAAGUCAUAGUAUGACAUCAGACAUGCCAUCUGUAUCUGCAUUCUUCAGUCUAGCUGCCUUAGCAGAGGUAGCAGCAAUGGAAAAUGUGCACAGGAAUCAGAGAACAGCACCUCUUCCCUGUGAUGGACAGCCAAAAGAAAUGUCUCAGGCUCCAGUGCUUAUUUCCUGUGCUGACCAGUGAAGCUCUACCCUUUUGUAAAACAUUGUGCUUUACCUAAUAUUCUAGCCUUGUCUUUACCAAUGGAUGGUAGUCAGUCCGCAUGAUGGAGGAACUCAUAGACUGAAAAUGAGUGGUUCAUGUUCAGUGUGGCACAGAUUUCACUUGUAGCUUGGGCCAGGUCCCUUUAGCUUGAGCCUAAAAUGUACUAUGAGACUGAUAUUAUUUCUCUGUUAUGGAACAGAAAUGAAAUAUCCUGGAGCUUUGCUUUCUAGUGAACAUUUUUAAAGUGGUAAAUUCACAGUUACAUGGAGAAGGCAAACUUUACUGUAGCUCAUACAGCACCUGUUCUGUCAAAAGUAAUUCAUAUGAAGUCUAGCUAAUUUAAAUAAAAAUACAGAGAAAAAGGAAAAAAGGAAAGAAAGAAAGAAAGAAAGAAAGAAAGAAAGAAAGAAAGAAAGAAAGAAAGAAAGAAAGAGAACUUAUACACUGCACUAGUUACUAGAUAAUCUUAGUCCUUUUUACAUGAACAUUUAAGUUCUCGGAUGGUUUAUAUAAUAGGUUAUGCCUACAUUUAUAUUUAAGAGUGAAUUUAAGAACCUGUUUGUAGACUCCAAGAACGCAUGGGAGGUGUACCAUUGUUUGAGGUCUAUGUGCGGCCAUAUGGCCAAGAAGUUCUGCACUUUUCUGAAUUUGCCACCAGGGUGAUAGAAUUUUUGGCAAAAUAAAUAUUGACAGGCUUUAUUGUGCUUUUUUUUUUUAAAUUAAGCAUAGAAUAAUGAAGAUUUACAUUUAAAGCAAAGGUCCAGCAUACCUAUAAGAGCAAUGCUUAUGGAUUACUGGUUUGAAUUUCAAGCCUUGAAAAUUUCAUUUAUUUUUGGACAGAAAUUCAGAAUGAAUAAGUUUAAAGCAGUGAAAUGGAGAAAAUACUAUUAAUAUAUUGUUCAGAAGUGACCUUAGUACUACUUCACUCUUUUGGGGAAAAGUCUUUUCCAUUGACAUAUACACUGAUGAAUAUAUUUUACAUUUUAUGGACACUGGAAUUGUCAUAAAUACUAUGCACAGUCUGAAUUGGCUUCAUCAGUUUAUGAAGUGCCAGUGGUAGUUUGGGAUGGCGAAGUGCUGAGUAUAAUAUAUAAGUAGAAGAUGAUUGAGGAAUAAUGUUACAGAAUUUAGGCCAUCAAACAGACGAUUUUUCAAUUUGUGUUGUCUUUAGUCUGUGUUGCAUCCUUUUCCCAUCUCUACAUCUCUUGCCAGAGCAGGUUCUAGCGUUUAUAUAAUUAAAACUUUAUGUUAUUUCUUAAUUACUUUAUAUACACCAGUUUCCUGUUGUUCAACACAACAUGCAGCAUCAUCUAUUCAGAUUCUUUUUAAAAAGACACUCUAAAUCGGCUGCAUGAUAUAAAAUAAUUGAUAGGUGGUACUUUAGUUUUUGUCCAAGGCCCCAACUACAGUAAUUCUGCUGUAACAUCAAGCAGGGGAAUUUGGCACCUGUGCACACAGUUUUCCAUCUGUCUAGGGAUGCACAAAUGGAAGUCUCCUUCCACAUGUAUACAGCCCUGACUGGAUCAGGGCAACAAUACUCCUAGCAGCAACAUUUUAUUUUUCAUCAGAAUUUGACAGGAAAUUAACACAUUAAUGCAGGGUACUUCUUUCACAGCACAAGAAAUUUCCCUAUUUUGAUUUGCAUCAUAGCACAAAGAUUUAACCAAAUGCUAUUGAUCAGACCCCAGCAAUAAUUUUCUAUGAGUCUUGUCUCUGGUGGAAUUUUGUGGUAGUGUUUAGUUCAGUGAGAUCCUUUUAUAUUAAUUAGGUCUCUCUAUGAGCAUUUACACAGUAUUAUCAGGCCUCCUUCAUUUGUAUGUGACAAAAUUAUUAGAGAAUAUGGAGUUUUAUUGGGUUUUUUUUGUAAUUGGAUUUAACAGCCAUAUGAAAGGUGACUCUUAAAACUUGCUUGGCUUAGCCUUUUAUUAUUCUAAUCAGUGCAUGUCUUUUCAGGGUCUGAAUCAGAAACAACAAGCAGAUCAUAUACUUUGUAAUAAUUGAUGAUAGCAAAAAUUGUCACUUCGGCCUAUGUAAAAAAAUCAAAACUCAUUCAAAGUUAUAGAUAUUGAAUAGGAGAAUAAAAACACAGUUUCAACAGGCAUGAGAAAAUAAAAACUUGUUAGAAAAUUCAGGUAGAAGAAACUUCCACAUGCUGCUGUAACAUGUGGAGCUAUUUUAAUAGUUCAAUUUUGUUAACAUUUUCUAAAUUAUUUUAACAAAAUAGAAUGCUGCCAUCAUGCCAUACUGUUGAGCAUAUAUUGUGGUAGCUAAAGGAAUAUAUGACCAUGUACUAGCUAUGGCUCAAAUAUGUUAGUAGCUGAAAUCCAAAUAUCCUAUGGUGCAGCCUGUUCAUCUUUACAGUGGUACUAACAUACACAUUCUAUUGAAUCCAUUAGAAUAGCUGCAUUUUGCAAAAGUACAUCAUUCUGUAUUCCAUUUUAAAUUUCAAUAUUGUUCCUAAAAUAUUUCUUUGUAUGAAUGGUACCUUUAUAAAGAAUGCGGAAAAGUAGCUUUUUCUAAGUAAAUUAAUAACUUGAUUACCUUUCUUUCCAAAACUUUGUUGACUAUCCCUUAGACAAGGGAUUGAAUAUGGGUCAAUUUACUGAAUAUGAGUGUUUUCUGAUGCUAAUAAACUUUUCUGUAGAUAUGCUUAAUUUUUAAGCGAUUAGGCACCAAGAGUAGCAGAAAUCCUGCAAAGCUUUAUAGUUCAUGAGGAGCACAGCCCACUUGGAAGAUUCUCUGCAGAAUCCUCAUUGGAAUGUAGAUAUUGCCCAGCUUCCAUUCAUUCCAGUGGAAAUUCUGCAGGAGAAUAGCCAGAUAAAUUGUGCCCUGUGGUUUGUUUCUUUUGUUGUUGUUGAAUGACGUCUUAAUUUUAGAGACUUGCUGCAUUUAUUAGAAUGGGGAUCCCUGAUUUCAGAAAGAAAGAACAUUUGUUAGCACAAAAAAUGUGAAACCAACAAUGUAUUGUUAAAUUACUUUAGUUUUUAUUGAUUUGUGUGUUUUUUAAGAAAUUUCAUUUCUAUGAUACGUAUUUUCAUAUACCAGCAAUGUCACUAUCAAACUUAUGUCCAUGAAUUCAUUUUGAGCAAGAAAUGUUGCACCUUAACUAUUUCAAAAAACCAAAAUAUUAUGUUCUCUAUUGCUUAUUCCAGUAUGUUGUAUUAUAGUUUAUCAAACCCAUUCUAAUUUAGCAAAGUUAUCAGUAUUUAUGCAUUUAACAAUAUCCUCUAGGUCUGAACCUGUAUAUGUCUUUUUUCUUUUACAAACAAAAUUUAAAUAAGAUAAACAACAUAUUCUACUCCCCUUUGUGGUCUUUUUCUGAAGAUGAGAUAUUUUCUAAAUAUAAAAUUUAGCACUGCCCAAUUUUCUUUUGGUAGUUUAUUUAUUUAGUGAUUUUUGAGUUCACAUGCUUCUGAGAUAUACACAUAGUAUCUGAUAUUGCAAGCAUAGAUUCAGCUGGGAGGAUACUGUAAUGUCAUUUUCAUGUAAUUGUGUUAGUACUGUAUUAGAGGGUGGGAUGGGAAAUGAGUUCUGCAAAGUAUUUAAUAUGUGCAUUAGAUUUUGAUUCUCCUGUUAGGGUGUUUUCCAGAUUCAAGACCAAAACUAAUGUAAAAUCUUGUGGAGCUUAUAUCAUGCUGUUGUACUUAUGACAGUAUUUUUUUCUGGAUUGUACUGUGAUACCAGAAAUAGGAUAUAUUUAUUUACAAAGAUAUAGUGUGCUUUUUACUAAUACAAUAUCUGAAAGUUACAAGCAAAGGAGUUCUUUUUUUUUCUCACCUGCAAUUCAAUCUGUGUCAUACAAAGCAAACUAAAAUAUUGUGAAUUUCACUAUUUUUUCCUAGAUAACCUCUGUUGCAUAAAUGUAGCUGCUAAUCACUUAUCAUUUGUGGACUCUACAUGUUCACUUACAAACUCAGAAGAGUUGUCUAGUGAUAUCACAAAGAUAACAUAGAUGGGAUGAGUGACAUCUAAUAUAUAAAAAGAGAUGUACUGCUGAGGAACAUUUCAGUCAGCUUUUAAAAUGCAUAUACAGUCAUUGCAACUUUAUCUCCAUAUACAGACAUACAAGAGUAUUAGUUCUCAUAGUGCUCAGUACUUCCCAGUAGGGGAAGUAACAAUAUUUAUUGAAUUUAUAUAUAAGGAAGGAUGAGAAUAUCUGCAUUCCUUCUACAAUAUCUGGUUUCAAGAUGAGGCCAGAAGUGCACAACAUUCACAUAGAUAGGCUUGGAAUAAUCCAUUUGCACGGUAACCGCUACUGAAGAUCUGGAGAUAUUGGCAGAGUGAGAAUAAAAAUAUAGCAUGAUGUCUAGAGUGAGGAACCGUGCAAUAACUUACUUUUGCAGAUUAUACCCCAAAAACCCUGGUUGUUCCCUGAAUAAUGACUACAAAACUCAAAAAUUGAGUUCUUGUAGACAAUUAUCACUUGAUUCUCAGUGAUACGUGUUUUUCAGUCAUCAGUGGGAUUGGAAAAGCUCUAAUCCUUAGUACAAAGCUUGGAAUACUUUUUGUUUUCCAAGAUUGAUUCAGUGAUUAUAUAAAAUGUAUGCUGAAAGAAACAGUUAUGUGAUGAGAGUUAAUCAAAGCAUAAGAAAAGGGCAUUAACAUCACAUGAUUUUACUGGGGGGGGUGGCUUUUCUUUUUGAAGGAAAAAUGUAGUAAAAUUUAUAAUGAUAAUUGAGUUUGCCUUGUACCAAUGUAUAUUUAUGCCUCUCAGCUGCACUGUAUUCUACAACUAAUUCUGAUGCUACCUCUAUUAAAACUACUUCAAUUGAUUUCAGUUAUUUUCACGAUUCCACAUGAAGUCUUUUCAAGUUAAUAGAUGGCUAUUUGGAUCGCACGGAAAUGCAGCAGUUUUCAGCAAUGUAAAUCUUUAUGACCCACAAUAAUCCUCUCAUUGUAAUAUCCAUAUGGCAGGUAUCAUAAUUUUAUAUUAUCACUAGCUUUUGGUUUACAUUUUAAAUCCAAAAUGUAAACAUAUAUACAUAUAAAUAUAUUGAAAGUUCUGGACAGUUUUGUUUUUUACAUACUACUCCUAAAAUUUAAACACACAAAACAAGACACAUGCAUUUUUUUCAAAAAACAUUUGUCAUUGUACUAUAUAGUUUUCUUCUCAUGGAAAACUGGGCCAGUUCAUUGAUACACAGCAUUUUAUAAAUAUGAAAUUAAAUUAGGUUUUUUGAUGUGCUGUGUCUACAAUAUAUAAAAUACAUUCCAUGAGAACAAUUCUCCCAUUCUCUUAUAAGUGAUAAUUCUAACAUACGUAGUAUAAAAUGUGUUAUAGUAGAUGCUUUUCUGUAUUAUUAAAUUAUAACAUUCAAUAAUCCAUUUUUUGAAAAGCAAUAUUUGU